AUGCCUCACGAAGAUCGUAAAAAGGCUGGCCUGGAUGCCUUCCUCGCCAAUGAUGGCCCAAGAUCAGUUUUGAUCGAUGCGGAUGCUCCUGCGGUACAUACUGUAUCGACGGUCAGCCAAAGCACGUCUCCAAAGAGCCUAUCAGAAGAGUUGGCAUCUAUGCAAAAUGAAACAACACCAAUUAGAGAGUUUGAAAAAAAAGAGGUGAAUAACAUCUUGCGAAUCAAUGUCCAAUCGACAAAGCAAGUAUACACCUUCAGUAUCCCUGUCUCCAAAAUGCUGCAACGUGAACGCGAGAUGAGAGUAGCAUCGAAGAAAGCUAGAGUUCCGGAAGCACAAUGGUCAUGUUCUCGCUUGUAUAGCUUAUGGAAGGAAGCACGAAGCAAAGAAGAUGAAGACAUUGCUUCUCGUAGACCCUCGAGUCAAAUUACUGUGGAUCUAGAGCCAGAAAAAUCAAUGAGAGAUUACUCAAAGUUCGUGUGGGAACCAUGGCUGACUACAUGUCUAAAAGGUUUCUACGAAACUGGGUCCAUUGAAAUUCCUGAGAGAUGCCAAGGCCCCGAUCUCCUGAUAACCCUUGAAUAUUUGCGCAUCAUCACUGUUUCCCCAAAUGUCUUCAUUUUUUCCUCAAAGGAACCUUACGAUCGUAUCCGUUCUUGGAGCGCAUACUUCACGAAACGGCGGACAAUUCUGGAUUGGUUGAUCAAGGAUUAUACUAACAACGGAGUUGCGAUCAGAACGUAUACAACAAGCACCGACUCAAAGGAAGGGAGUCAUGUUUUGCUUCAAGUGAAGGGUGGGGAAGUAGAUAUCUUGGGAAGGAACCGACAUGACUCUCGACUCUUGUUCAAGGUUGUGUAUUCUCUGUUUUGUGAGAAUGAUUCCGAGCAGAUGCUGACAAAAGAAGUGCCGAAACGGAUCAGACAUGACUUUCGAGACCAGCUGUUGCGAUUUCUGCCACCUAAAACCAGAGUUUCUUUUGAAUUACAUCGAGUGACUGUAACAAAGUCGGGGCUCAGCGUGAAAGAAGUGAGACCAGUUUUGCGGAUCGAGGGUCCAUUUGUAGACAAACCAAAGAAUCGAUCCCCGUUAGCUGAGCGGCCAAGUCAUCAAACUGACAUCAGUGAUAGAGUGAGUACCGAUGACAAAAACGAUUCGGCGAAAUACCAAAGUGACGCCGGGGCUAGAUUGGGAAUUGCUGCUACAGGGGAGUCAACGCGAUAUCGAACUGAAGAUAAUCCUAGAGCGAUUGCUGCUAGGAAAGAAGCGACAAAAUAUCAGCGCAAGUCCAGUGCCAAAGUUGGCGUCGCUACCACGAAAGAAUCCGUUGAAAAAGGCCAAAAUACGAAGCUGCAUACGAUAGCCAAAAAACAAGUUUUUGAGGAGAAGAAGAUUGAGAAGCCGGAUAUUCCACGCCCGCCAUCGGGGCCUUCUCCUAUGCCAGUAGUUCAGAUGCAAAAGCAGGGCUCGAUUACAAGUGGACUUUCUCAGUCGUUGUUGGAUGAGUCAACAAUGGGGACUAUUUUGAAGCACCCACCAUCGGAUACAGCGAAUCAUUCUCCACAACGAUCCAGGUUUGAGCAAUCAAGAUCGGCAACCGCCAACAGGCAGCAAGACAGUUCAGCGCACGGGGAUCAGCGCCCCUCCAGGGCUUAUGUGCGCAAGUAUGAAGACUAUGACGAUGAUACGAAAACAUUCACAGAUAGCACACUGAGUACCACAACCUAUGAAAACAGACGACCAAAGCGACUUGAAGAUUCCCCUUGUGACACCUUUGAGUCCUUUUUGUUUCACGUGUGCGAUAGCGGUGUUACAGUUUGCGAUCACAUGCUUCCUGCUGGAGCAUUGACCCACCCCUGUGAUGAUCGCAUUGGAAGGGAUAGUGAUAUUGAUGAAAUGAAUGGCAAUACUGCUAUUGUCACCUAUUUGCCAGAUGAAAGCGGCAACGAGUACUCAGAUCAUCAAAACAUGAAUGGGGAGUCGGCUGAAAAUGAGGGAGUUAUUGCAGCGUUGUCACAAGACUUGACGAAAAUGGAAAACGUGAUGCAUGCGGCAAAGGUUUUUGGUGACACUAUUUCUCAACAAAUGGAUGACUUGGCAUAUCGGGUACUGGAUCCCGAAAACGCAGAAGUUCAAAUUUCCAAGAGGGGUUGA